GAGAUCCCCAGUGUUCAAAGCGCAGCUGUUUGGACCCAUGAAGGACGAGAAUGGUGACGUGAUCGAAAUCGACGACAUGGAACCACCUGUCUUCAAGGCCAUGCUACACUUUAUAUAUAAAGACAGUCUGCCCGAUACCAACGAGAUGACAGGAUCUUCGUCACAGUCGACCGCGACGAUGAUGGCUCAGCAUUUACUCGCAGCGGCAGAUAGGUUUUGCCUGGAUCGUUUAAGACUUUUGUGCGAGUCCAGGCUCUGUGAACAGAUCACUGUUGACACAGUGGCGACUACGCUUGCGUUGGCAGACCAACACCAUGCAUCUCAGCUCAAAAAUGUCUGCCUCAAGUUCGCUGCUUCCAACCUUGCAGUGGUGAUGCAGUCUGAUGGUUUUGAGUACCUGCGUGAGAGCUGCCCGUCAUUACAAUCCGAGCUCCUCAAGACGGUCGCGGGAGUAGAAGAAGAAGCCAAGGCUGGAACAAAGAACAGGACCGUCUGGACGCACGUCGCAGAUGGUGGCGACGGAUUGGGAAGGCGCGUGCGGCAAAAGAUCUGACGCUACCCACCGGCGGCGUCAGUGAAGAUGUUUCAAGGCUCUCUUUAGUGAUGGAAGCUCGCCCAAGACCUGUCUACGAGAAAACCUCCGGUCAGUACACAUUGAGUUUCCAUUUUGUGAGAUUUCAAUGUGCUGAUCACUAGGACAAAGGUUGCUGUGUCGUUGUAUGAUACAGAUUUAUAAAGGGUCUCCCUUGAUGCAAUUCUCCAAAGCGUACCAAGAGCCGCUCGACGAUACUGUGGUGUGGCUGGAAAGGAAGAAGUGGGUCGACUCUGCGGUUUACUCGGAUCUCCUCAGGAAGUGUGGAAGCUCGAGAUCACUGACGCUUGGGAUACGUGUUGAUGCACAUAUCAUCCAGUGUGGACGUGAUCGAGAGACUUACAUCGGGAACUAUCUCAUCGAGAUGUAUGGGAAGUGUGGCAAGGUUGACGAGGCACGCAGGGUGUUUGAGGCCAUCCUCGACCGCAACGUUUUCUCCUGGAACUUGAUGAUCGCGGCGUAUGCCCGGCAUGGGCAUAGCAGGGACGCCUGGGAGGUGUUCCGGAGGAUAGACUUGGAGGGUGUGAAGCCGAGCAGGGUCACCUUCUUGGGUGUGCUGGAUUCGUGUAGUGGUGCCAGGGGCCUGGCAGCGGGACUGGAGAUCCAUGCCAGGAUGGUGGAGGGGGGAUUUGAGUCGGACGUGGUGGCUUGCACUGCUCUAUUGAAUAUGUACGGGAGGUGUUCGGGGGAUGCAAGAGCUGCUCGAGCGGUUUUUGAUGGUAUGGAGGUCCGGGACUUGGUUUCGUGGAAUGCCAUCGUGGUUGUCUACUCUCAGAAGGCACAGUGUGAGGAGGCAGUGAAACUCUACCGGCAGAUGCUGCUCCAAGGUGUGCAGCCCGACGAGUUUGUGUUCAGCAGUGUCAUCUUCGCAUGCUCGGAUCCGAAACUGGCCGCUGAGGGGUCGAGCGUUCAUCGAAAUGUGAUGGAAAGUGGACUCGAGUCUCACGUCGUCGUCGGUAACGCACUGCUUCACAUGUAUGGGAAGCAUGGGAACUUCGGGGCUGCAAGGCGGGUUUUUGACAGGAUAGAGAACAGGGACGUCAUAUCUUGGACUGCGAUGAUCGUUGCUUAUUCCCAUUCUGGUCAGGGUCGGGCCGCCUUGGAGGUUUUGGAGAUCAUGCGAGCGCAGAGAGUGAAGCUGGACAGAGUUGGAUACACAAGCGUCAUUGAUACGUGCACGAGCCUUGGAGCUCUGGAAGAAGGCAGGCGUAUUCACUCGCAAAUCGCGAAGCAGGGAUUGGAAACCGACGUUGCGGUGGGAAGUGCGUUGGUGAACAUGUAUGGGAAGUGUGGUGACUUGGAAGAUGCGAGAGCUGUGUUUGCGGGAAUCGAAGGGAAGGAUAGGUGCGCUUGGACGUCGAUGCUUGGGGCGUAUGCGCAACAUGGUGACGGAGACAGAGCGUUCCAAGUCUUUCAAACCAUGGACUUGGAAGGAGAGAAGUCCGAUCCUAUCACUCUGAUAUCGGUGCUUAGCGUUUGCUCCGACAAGUCCUCGGCCUUGUCACAAGGAAAGGCAAUUCACUCGAGCAUCUCCGGCAGCGGGCUCGAACUGGACGGCCUCGUAGCUACUGCUCUCAUCGAUAUGUAUGCGACAUGUGGGAGCUUGCGAACUGCUCGAGACUUCUUCGACGCUAUCCAGGCCAAAGGCGACGUAGUGCUGUGGAGUGCUAUAAUCUCCGGCUACUCACAGCAUGGAGACUGGGAAGAGAGCACAACACUCUUCCGGCUGAUGCAGCUAGAAGGACUGGAGCCGGACAACAGGACGAUCACAAGCGUCUUAUCAGCAUUUAGCCACGGUGGUCUCGUCGAUCAAGCGACCGAGUGGUUUGGAACAAUGGUGGAAGCUUGCGACAUGAAGCCAGCAAUCGACCACUAUAUGUGCCUGAUCGAUCUGCUGGGAAGAGCUGGAUGUUUGGAGGCCGCGGAGCUCGUGAUGAAGAGAAUGCCUUGUAAGGCUGAUACGGUGGCUUGGACGACGUUACUUGGCUCGUGUACCACUCACGGAGAUGUUCACAGAGGUGCUCGAGCAGCCGGACAGAUGCGAGAUGACUCUGGAGCUUAUGUUUCACUGCGAAACAUCUGCAUCGAGCAGAGCCAAGCGAGAAGAAGCUAGCAGGAUUCCUCGCCACGUUUUGGGAUCUCUGGUCGGUCAAGAGUUCGUCAUCGUCUCGGAGAUCCUGAUGGAGCCUACAGGCGCUCAAGACAGUGGUGAAGGUGACGCAUUUUGAGGAGAAGGGCUUCCAGCUUCCCAGUUCUUGCGAGAAGAUCGAUCACGCACGCACAUAUCCAGCUCCUGCAUCACUCCAUGAUCUUGCUCCAUCCCAGCGAGGAUCUUGGCUCUACCAGGCAGACGAGUGAGCCUUGAUCAUACUCGUCCACAUCUCCCCGCAAGCUACUUAGCCCCGUCUCUACGAUUGGAUCCGGGGUCUGGACUGGUGGAUUGCUCGUCCCUGGGAGAGCGAGCAGCAGGAAUCCAGAGCGCUGGCCACCGCAGCGCUGUCCAAGCCAAUAUCUUCCAAGUUGAGGCUGUGGAAGAGAUGAGGCUCCAUGGACUAGAAGUCUUCCAGGCCGCCAUGCUUGCCGUAGACGUGGAGGACGUUGUGGAUGGCUUCGUCGGGCUGGACGCGGCUGGAGUGGAACAGACCAUAGAGCUCUCGAGUCUCUGGCAACUCUGGAAAGCGGUGGCGAAGUUAAAGACGUCGUGCUUGAAGCCGUGGAGCUGCUGCGCGAAGAGAUGGAGAUGCCCGGCUCGGCUGCGAGCAUGAGGUUCCAGGAGAAGAGGCUGGCAUUGGUUGGGAGGAAAGUGUUGGGAUUGGCCUCGGCGGCGAUGAGCGAGUGCUUAUUUGGAUGUCCUCACCAGUGGGAGAAGAAUCACUCACUUAUGGUACUUCCUCCAUUUGUGCUCCUGGAAUCUAUAAACUUUUUCUACAGUGGUGAGGGUCAUGAGCUGAAAUUCAGAUGUGCUUCUGGAACUGGACGUCCGUUCUUUCUCUGCUGGAGUGAUAUACAAAAUCCUACGCCUCAAACAGUCAGCCAUGAAGCAACUCAAGAAAACUCAUGGUUCGAUCUUCUAAAGCUUGCUAACACGUCCAAGUUGCCGGUACAUAUACUAUUAGUCUAGCACUUCGAUUGAGAUGCCUUGAUGAAGUCUCUAGCUACUCAGGAUAUGAAUAAUACUGUUAAACUGCCUGGCUAUUUAAAAUUUAAGACCAACUAUCACCAUUCAGAUAUGGGAGAAAGCUCUUCAGUUCUUUGCACCAUCCUCUGAAAUUUGCCGACUAGCGGUCAAUCCUGGCGUCACCACUGUCAUUGAGCGUUCUGUUACUUCCUGGAUCGAGGAGAGAGAUGGAGACCUUAUGCUUCGAGCGCCAGAGUGUGAUCACAUCAACGGGGAAGUCGUCAAUUGCCAUAGCUUUGUGUUGGUAACUUUGAAGCUCGUUUUGAACGAUUUAUCUGAUUGAUUUUAUUA